AGGGGUAAACCUGUAUGACAGGCCUCGGUUCGUCAUAGCAGCUCAGUACAAAAGGGCUCACACUGGCUCUGCUUCAGGACAGACCUCUUUCACCCGCAGGAGAACUGAAACACAUCCGCUUGCAAAAUGUUGCAUCUUGCGUUUGGUCUUGUGGCGAUCGGAAUUGUCUACGUCGCUCUCGUGGAAACCUUGUUUAAGAAGUCCAAAUGUAAAGGGACGACAGAAAUGACUGGAAAAACAGUAAUAAUUACCGGUGGGAAUACAGGCAUUGGAAAAGCCACAGCAAUGGACCUUGCUGGUAGAGGAGCAAGAGUUAUCUUGGCUUGCAGGAACCAAAGGAAAGCUGAGACUGCCAUCCGUGACAUUGAGAAAGUGACGGGCAGUACGGAUGUGGUGUAUGUGCAUCUCGACCUGAGCAGUCUGAAAUCUGUACGUUCUUUCGCGGAGACCAUCCUAAAAACAGAAUCUAACCUGGAUCUUCUCAUUAACAAUGCAGGCCUUGUAGCAGAUGGUCGAACGGAAGAUGGUUUUGGUAUAGAGUUUGGUGUCAAUCAUCUUGGGCAUUUCUUGCUUACUUACCUCUUGCUGGACAAACUAAAAGAGCGCUCGGGAGCUCGGGUCAUCACUCUGUCAUCCCUGGCACAUCGCUGGGGUAAAAUCGACUUUGAUACCCUGGCCGCAAGCAAAGACCUGGGCAGCGGGAGAUACAGUUGGCAGUUCUUCCAGGCUUACUGCAACAGCAAGCUCUGUAAUGUUCUAUUCACACACGAGCUGGCCAAGAGGUUGAAGGGUACCAAUGUCACCUGCUACAGUGUUCAUCCUGGUAUUGUGAAAACGGAGCUCUCCCGUCACGUCAGUCUCUGGCAAAAGGUGUUCAUCGAACCUGUUGCCUGGCUCCUCUUCCUGGACCCGCAGACUGGCGCCCAGACAACUCUCCACUGUGCCCUUCAGGAGGGCAUCGAAGCACUCAGUGGGCGGUACUUCUCUUGCUGUGCUGUUCAGGACGUCAGCGCUAAAGCCAGAGACGAUGCAGUUGCCAAGAAGCUCUGGGAAGUUAGCAAGAGAUUAUGUGGUCUCUCCUAAACCUAGAAGAACUGUCUAGCGUCAGGAAUGAACCAAUACGCGGUCGCUCAGGUGUUGGCGAUUUGAUUUGAAUCAGUGUUGGAAGUUAGUGUUUGAUAAUAGAAGACUUAGUGCUAUUUUUAUGAAUGUGAUGGAUGAUGUCUUUGACAUGAAAUUCAUUGUGGAGAAAAACUGUACAUUGUUAAAUGCACAGUUUAUCCAGUCUUAUUGUUCAUAUUGUUUUUCAGAUACAGAAAUUUUA